ACUACCCCUGCCCCAACUUGAACCCAAUCGGGUUGCUCAAAGUGUUCUCCAAAUCUGACCUUAUCCUGUUCAACCGCCCCCAAUCCCAUCGCAUUAGGGUCGGAGGGAGGCGGGAACCUGAUGGAUUGGAAUAUUUUGCCAUCCCUAGGUCUGAGAAACAUUUACUUCUCAAAGCUGUGUCGAUCCUCCCUCGUUGCCCCUCCGGUCUUGCUGUGGGUUUAUGCUUAUUUUGCAACACUCGCCCCAGAGCCCAUGGAGGAGCUCCCCCUAGCAGUCCCCUACUCGAGGCGGUAUGAUGACAGGUGCCAGCGCAGGAGCCGUGAGUCAUUCACAUUCUUUCGGCACUAUUUUGACACAGUGGCUGCCCACGAGAUCAUGUGGCAACCUUGGGCCAUGAUGUCGGCUGGGAUACGGGACCAGUACGCCGGGGUUUGGGCCACUUCUCGCUUCCACAUUCUACUUGAGGGCCUAGUAUGUCAGGCCUAGUUCCUGAGUGAGCUGUUCGUCCGUCAGACUGUGGGCUUACCAAACCCGAUUUUUCCGAUGGCACCGUGUAGACACCCCAUUUUGACCGGCCCUAAGACUUGGGCACUUUCUUUUGGACACUCGCUGAUGAAAAUUGAAAUAUGCUAUUUUAUGAAUUUCUCAGCAAAAAAAAUCAAAUUGAAUCUUUAAUCCCAAACCUUACCUAUU